AUGGCUCAGUACGAGCCCGUGGCCGAGCUGGGCGUGGGCGCGCACGGCACCGUGUUCAAGGCUCGGGACCGGCUCAGCGGGCGAUUCGUGGCCCUGAAGAACGUGCGGGUGCCCACGGGGGGGACAGGGCUGCCCCCCAGCACCGUGCGGGAGGUGGCUCUGCUGCGGCGCCUCGAGCACCUGGAGCACCCCAACAUCGUCCGGCUGAUGGAUGUCUGUGCCAGCGCCCGCACCCCACACGAGGCCAAGGUCACGCUGGUGUUCGAGCACGUGGAGCAGGACCUGAAAACCUUCCUGGAGAAGGCGCCGGCCCCGGGGCUGCCCCCUGACACCAUCAAGGACCUGAUGCGGCAGUUCCUGCGUGCUCUGGAUUUCCUGCACACCCAGAGCAUCAUCCACCGGGACCUGAAACCCCAGAACGUGCUGGUGACCAGCGCGGGGCAGCUCAAGGUGGCCGAUUUCGGGCUGGCCCGGAUCUAUGGCUGCCACAUGGCCCUGACCCCCGUGGUGCGUCCGGGGGGCCCGGGGGGUCCGGGGGGCUGGGGGCUGAUCGGGCUCCCCCAGGAGGACGAGUGGCCGCAGGACGUGGCCCUGCCCAGGGAAGCCUUCACCCCCUGCGCCCCCCGAGAGCCCCGGGGGGAGGUCCCAGAGCUGGGGGACAGCGGGGAGCAGCUGCUGCUGGCACUGUUGACCUUCAGCCCCCACAAGCGAAUUUCGGCUCACGAGGCCCUGAGGCACCGGUACCUGCAGGGGGGGCGUGAGGGGUGA